AUGAAAGAGCGGGAGGAGGCUGCUGCUGGUACUGCUGGGUCUGGGACUGCGCCGGCCAGUGGACCUGGAUCGGGGUAUGGGUUUGAUAUUGCUAGCUUGGUUGGGUUUACGGGGAUUGUGUUUGGGGUUAUCUGUUUGACGGAGUAUGUUUGGGGUCACGGUCCUGCUGGUGGGGGACCGAGGAAGGAUUCCGAUUCGAAGGAGUGA